GCACUACUGACGCACUGAUAAAAAAAAGCUCCUCCUCUAGCGUCGCUCAUUCUGUUCCCAGGCUCCAGGGGCGACAGACUUUGAAAGAAGAAAAAAAGAAGAAGGAAACUGCUGUUGUUUGGAGACAUAAUUCUCUCGAGAAAAAGACGGUUCCUCGACCUAGCAUGAAGUCUUCGCUAGCACUGUUUCUCUUUCUGGCUCUCGCGGCCCUGACUGCGGGGAAGAAAGAAUGUGCAGGCGGCACCGGUACCUGUGUUGCAGAGAGGAAUUGCAAAAUUCUACAUGAAAGAGGCUCCUGUCCUGAUAACAAGGUCUGCUGCCUCGACGAAAAGGGUGGUGGAAGAUCUUCAAAGAACGGAGACGCUACAUGCGAAGACAGGAAUGGAAUAUGCAUGAAUGAACAGAAAUGCGAAGGAAAGUAUGUCCUCAAGAAGGUUCAGUGCAGCGGGCAGAAUGAAGUGUGUUGUCGAAAGGGAGGUAAAAGAAACUCGAAGGCUGCCGCAAAGGCCGAGUGUAACAAUAACAAAGGGAAAUGUAUGACGAAAAGGAAAUGCAACGCUAAUAACAUCCUCAAGAGCACUGAGUGCAGUGGAAAUGAAGUUUGUUGUCGCAAGAACGAAAAGGGUGGUGGAAGAUCUUCAAAGAACGGAGACGAAUCAUGUGAAAACAGGGAUGGAAGAUGCGUGGAUGAACAGAAAUGCGAAGGAAAGAAUGUCCUCAAGAAGGUUCAGUGCAGCGGGCAGAAUGAAGUGUGUUGUCGCAAGGGUAAAAGAAACUCGAAGGCUGCCGCAAAGGCCGAGUGUAACAAUAACAAAGGGAAAUGUAUGAAGAAAAGGAAAUGCAACGAUAAUAACAUCCUCGAGAGCACUGACUGCAGCGGAAAUGAAGUUUGUUGUCGCAAGGACGAAAAGGGUGGUGGAAGAUCUUCAAAGAACGGAGACGAUGCAUGUGAAAACAGGGAUGGAAGAUGCGUGAAUGAACAGAAAUGCGAAGGAAAGAAUGUCCUCAAGAAGGUUCAGUGCAGCGGGCAGAAUGAAGUGUGUUGUCGCAAGGGUAAAAGAAACUCGAAGGCUGACGCAAAGGCCGAGUGUAACAAUAACAAAGGGAAAUGUAUGAAGAAAAGGAAAUGCAACGAUAAUAACAUCCUCGAGAGCACUGACUGCAGUGGAAAUGAAGUUUGUUGUCGCAAGGACGAAAAGGGUGGUGGAAGAUCUUCAAAGAACGGAGACACUACAUGUGAAAACAGGGAUGGAAGAUGCGUGAAUGAACAGAAAUGCGAAGGAAAGAACGUCCUCAAGAAGGUUCAGUGCAGCGGGCAGAAUGAAGUGUGUUGUCGCAAGGGAGGUAAAAGAAACUCGAAGGCUGACGCAAAGGCCGAGUGUAACAAUAACAAAGGGAAAUGUGUGAAGAAAAAGAAAUGCAACGAUAAUAACAUCCUCGAGAGCACUGAUUGCAGUGGAAAUGAAGUUUGUUGUCGCAAGAACGAAAAGGGUGGUGGAAGAACUUCAAAGAACGGAGACGAUGCAUGUGAAAAGAAGAAUGGAAUAUGCAUGAAUGAACAGAAAUGCGAAGGAAAGGAUGUCCUCAAGAAGGUUCAGUGCAGCGGGAAAAAUGAAGUGUGUUGUCGCAAGGAGCUGAAGCUAAACGCACGUGCAGGGAGGUGCAGUCGGGCUGAGGAACAAUGUCUCGGUGCCGGAGGAUUUUGCAAAAGGAACUGCAAAGGUACACCGGAACUCAACGCGGACUGCGGGCUUAGUAAUUGUUUAUGUUGCGACCUUUGCAAAGGCAAAGAAAAAAAGAAAUGCAGGAAUUAUGGUUAUUGUACUAGAAGAACAGAUGGAAACCAAGAACAAUGUCCGAAGAACCUGGUUGUCCUCGAAAAGGGCUGUAAAAAAUCAAAAAAAUGUGUAUGCUGUGCAGAUUGCAAUGGCACUGAGAAGAAAAGAUGUUCGAAAGUAGGCGGAAAAUGUUCUAUAGAAGCAUCUGGCAAAAGAACAGAAAUUAUUGCCAAAGGUUGCAAGCUUCCCGAAUGUACAUGUUGGGCUGAACCUUGCAUAAUACUGCAAGAAUGUACCGAUGCAAAGGGGACGUGUGUCAGAAAAAAGAAGGAGUGUCCAAAUGGUAUACUGGAGAAAACAUAUUGCAAAGGGAAAAAGUGCAAAUGUUGCCUUCCUCAAGUUCCAACCACGACCCCGCCUCCUACGAACACAACCUUGCCUCCUACGAAUACAACUAUGCCUCCUACGAAUACAACUAUGCCUCCUACGAACACAACCAUGCCUCCUACGAACACAACUAUGCCUCCUACGAACACAACUAUGUCUAUGAACACAACCAUGUCUAUGAACACAACCAUGUCUAUGAACACAACCAUGUCUAUGAACACAACCAUGUCUAUGAACACAACCACGCCUAUGAACACAACCAUGUCUUCUAUGUCUGCAGCUUCUACAAACACAUCUUUGGCUUCAAGCACAUAAUCACAAUCAGCUUAGAUCUGCCUCAAAAUACAAAACUGAAAGCUCGUUUUUGAAAAAAGAAAAGAAAAGAGGAGGAAAAAAAGGGACCCAGAAUCACAACCCUGACUGUUAAAAAAAAAUAAAAUCCUUGGCUCUCAGAAUCACAACCCUAACUCUUACAACUCUCAGAAUCAUGACCUUGUUUCUUGCAAAAAAAGGGGGCUCUCAGAAUCAUGACCUUGUUUCUUGCAAAAAAAGGGGGGGGCUCUCAGAAUCAUGACCUUGUUUCUUGCAAAA